AUGGAGACUGGGAACCGCAGUUUUGAGAGGCAGGGAGAUGCGUACGCGAAACAGGCGCGUGGAGACAGUGGUUCACCAGAUGGACACAAUUUAGGAUCCGACAACUACCUGGAGAACGAGGCGGACUCGUCGAUGGCGACACCCGAUGAUGUCAUUCCGAACGCUAUAGUGAUUAAGAAUAUCCCAUUUGCCAUCAAGAAGGAGCAACUGUUGGACAUCAUCGAGGAUAUGGAUCUGCCCCUACCUUACGCAUUCAACUACCAUUUCGACAAUGGUAUUUUCCGUGGGUUGGCGUUCGCCAACUUCACCACAGCGGAUGAAACCUAUCAAGUUAUCAACAACUUGAACGGGAAGGAUAUCAACGGUAGGAAACUGAAGGUCGAGUACAAGAAAAUGCUCCCCCAGGCAGAGAGAGAUAGAAUCGAAAGAGAGAAGCGUGAAAAAAGGGGCCAACUUGAAGAACAGCAUAGAUCAGCCUCGAAUAUCUCUUUACAAUCCUUGGGUAAAGCCAUGUCCAGUUCCGCACUGAACGGCAGCGGCUCAAAUUCUCAACUGGCUGCAAUAUUUUUGAACAGCAACCCUAGCAACAACAACAACAACAACGGAUCCUCGGGGAACUUCGGCCUCUACAACAGCAGUCAGAACUAUUCCAGCAGUAGUUUGGGCCAACAACAGUCGUCUUCUCAGUCGCAACAACAACCGUUGCUGACGACUCAGCACACCGCAAAUUCUUUGUAUCAACAGAAUUACCAACAACCACCACAGGUGCCAUCUCAAAUCCUUUUGCAGCAAUCGCAGGUUGGAGCUGGUGCAAAUGACAGAUUUUUGGCACCGUUGCCUUCCUCUUCCACUGUCCCAAUUCCACCGCAACAGCUGGAUUUUAAUGAUCCCGAGACUUUGGAAAUCUACUCCCAGCUAUUGUUGUUUAAGGACCGUGAGAGAACAUAUUCGGAACUGGCAUAUCCAAACGGACUUUCUGCGAACCACAAGCGCAUAAUCAAUGUUUUGUGCUCAUAUUUGAAUCUGACAGAGGUUUAUGAUCCAAGAUUUAUGAUUAUAAAGAGGAAAGUGUUGGACCACUCCUCUUUGCAGAAGCAUUUACAACAGCAGGGGCAACUCCCUGUCAAUGGCUCCAAUCCAUUGCAACCUACCUCUACUGGUGGGUCUUUCAGCAAGUCUCACUCCUAUACCAGCCUACUGCAAGCUCAUGCUUCAGCUGCUGCCGCUGCCGCCUCAAAUUCAGGCUCUAACGUCACCGGCAAUGGUACCCCUGGUAACGUUGGAUUAGGGAAUAACUACGGCUCCUCCAAGAUCUCUCAUGUAACGCCCGUGCCGUUGUCGAGUCUUAGCCAGUCUGGUGUUACUGGUGCCAGUAUCCUGCAGCAACAGAAUGCCCCAGGGAACGGUUCUCCAAGAAGCGUGUUGAAUAACGCAGUGCUGUUUAAUACAGACCAGGUGACGCCACAAAGUUUGGCCAACGCCCAGGCUCAACAGCAGCAACAGUCAUUCAUGAGACAGCAGGCCACUUUGACCCCAUCUUCUCGUAUUCCAUCGGGCUACUCUUCAAACCAUCAAUCAACUUUCAGUACCCUGAAUCCACUGCUGAGGAAUGCCGGGGCCUCGCCCACGGCAGCGACGACCCAAACUAACACGGCGUCACACAGGAUGCUAUCCGCUUUCCACAACAGUGCUAAUGCGAACAGCCCCACCAUCAGCAGCGCAUCGACCUACUACGACCAGCAACCGCAAUCUCAAUCUCAAUCCCAGCAGCAACUGGCUCCACAACAUACUAACGGCUCCAUUCAUUCGAACUUUUCGAUUCAGUCCUUUCACGAUGACGGUGUUCCGUUAUCGUCUGCGCAGUUAAUGAGCACCAACGAGUUGAUCUAUAAAUCGUUGAGCCACACUGGUACUGGGAACGGGAGCCCUGCUGCAGCUGCCGGCGCCACUUCAGCACCAACCGCACCCGUAACUGCUACUGCUGGAUCUGGAACAACUGACACCACGAACGAAUUGGAGAAUAACCUCGCUCGUUCUUUGAGUGGGCUGGAUUUGACGAAGCAACCCGUGCAGAACAACAAGAAGCCCGUAUGGUAA